GUUUCACUUGUUAUCAAUGUCAUGUUUUCCUUGCACAGGGCAGUACACACAGUCUCCCUCCUAUUUUAUGCUCACAACAACCUUGCAAGGUAGGCGAGAUUGAGUGAGAGCAACUGGGUCACCAGUGAGCCCCGCUAAUGAGCAGGGAUGUGAACAGGAAUCUACCUGCCCCAGUUUAUCCACUAUAGCACAUUUUACUGUCCAUUGGGAUCUGUUUUAUUAAGACUUUUGGAUGAAGGAAGCUAACAUACUUCUUGGCAACCAACCAACUAUGUCUCUUGAUCCUUCAUGGCAGGUCGAAAGACCCCUCCGUCUGGGGAGGUCCAUAUCUGGGUCAAGGACACCAAAGAUCUGCCCCAGUUACGUCCCUCCGGAGUGGGCUCCUUUGUGAAAUGCUACGUUCUUCCAGACACCAGUAAAAAGAGCUACCAGAAGACCCGCAUUGUCCAGAGGGACUCCAACCCGGUGUUUAACCACACCAUCGUGUACGACGGCUUUCAUACAGAAGAUCUGAAGGAUGCCUGUGUCGAGCUGACCGUCUGGGAUCAUGAGAAACUGACCAAUCACUUUCUGGGAGGGAUCCAGCUGGGACUUGGGACAGACGGCUCCAGCUAUGGGAUUGCCGUUGACUGGAUGGACUCCACACAAGAGGAGGUCGCAUUUUGGCAGGAAAUGAUGACCACGGCGAAUGAAUGGAUUGAAGCGUCCCUGCCUUUGCGCUCUCUGGCUGGAAAAAGGAAGCUGAAAUGA